AUGAACCCUUUGAAUGCUUAUGGACGGCGAAGGCCGAAGACCCGGAAUCAAUGGGAUGAUUUCUAUGUGGAGUUUAAUGAAGAGAAGAAACGGAAAAACAACAAGGUUUUUGAGUCUGGGUCUUCCAGUGAUAGAGUGGAAGGUGAUGGUGGUGAGAGGGGGAGGCCAGGGAACAAUGCUGGUGGUGCUGAUAGGGUUGAGGAGGAGGAGGUGGUGGUUGGGAAGAAAAGGAAGAGACUUAGGAGGAUUGGUGAAGCUCAGAAGCCCUCAUCUUCUGAUAUGGAUAUUGAAUUUCUUGGGGAUUUUGUGAUAGGUGAGGGGGGGAAGGAGAUGGAGAUGAUGGAUGUUGAAUUUGUUGAGAAAUCUGAGAAAAAGAAGGAAAAGGGGAAAGAGAAGGAGAAGGGGCAAGAGAAAGAGAAAGAGAAAGAGAAAGAGAAGGAGGAGGAUAAAAGCAAAUGGCUAGUUUUGGUGGAUAAAAACAGUGACACCAAAUGUGUAGCUGUGGUGGACUGUGAUGAUAGUAGUAGUGAUGAAGAUGUUGUGUUUGUAGGGGAAACAACUCCAUUUUACCAAAACAUAACUAAUAGUGUGAAGGCUAUUUCAGUAGAUGAUAAGAGGGGUGAUAAUAAUCAGCUUGUUCUUGUGAGGGUAUCCAAUCAAUCCCCUAAUGAAUUUGUGUUGAAAACUGGCUCAGGAUCAGGCUCCAAAGUUGGGUCUGUGGAUGGAAGGGGCCCUGAACCUAUUACCUAUGAUGAGGUUGCUUCAUCAACCUCAAAGAGAAGAAGGGUGGAGUCUUCUAUUAGUCUCUCAAAUGUAAACUCCUCAGAUUCCGAGGACUUUUCAUUAUCAUUAUCAUCAUCAUCGUCAUCAUCUUCUUCUUCAGAUGAUGAUUCAGACUAUGGGGAUUUCAUUGCCAAUGCCCCCUCUCCUGUCUUUAAGAGGGCAGAUGAAAAGGGGAAGGAUGGUGAAAAGAGAAAAAUGAUUGUUUCUGGUCUUAGAUCAUCUUCAAACAAGGAUGAAAGGAAAGAGCAAAGCGAUUAUGGUUUUCGUGUUGGUGAGGAUAGUGAGGAAAAACAGAAAACCAUAGCUAAGAAGAGGAGGCAAAGAGCAAGAAAUCUGAAUGUGAAGGACAUCCUUCUUAACACUGUUUUGGAGAAGGAGAGCAUGCUGAAUGAAAGGCUUCGUCCCGAAGAGACUGCUCCACCAUUGCCCUUGAAGUUUAGAUUCGAAGAUGAAGACGAAAUUCCCCCCGAGAAAGAAGAUUGGGAGGUGGAGAACGAAAGCCUCUUUGCAGAUCUCGACAUGGGUAGAUUGCAAUCCGAGACUGGUUCAAAUGCUCAAACGAUGCUCCAGGAGGACAAUGGAAAAGCUGAUAAUAAUGCAAAAGUCUGCUGCCAUCCAAAGGGGCAUCUUUUUAUCCUCGAUGAACAAAUUGGAAUCUUAUGCAAGUAUUGCUUGGCUGUGUUCAUGGAAAUAAAGUAUAUUCAUCCAGAUUUUGCUGUGAAAUCCAACCAGAGAUAUGACAAGAGAUUCCAAGGUGGAUUGGAGCACCCCGAUGAUGAUGGUGAUUUCGAGUUGGGCGAUGUUCCUGCAAACAAUUGUGCCGAGGAUGUUUCUGGGGAGACGGUGUGGGAUCUUGUACCUGGUCACAUUAAGGAAAGAAUGUACCAGCAUCAGAUCGAUGGGUUCGAGUUCAUGUGGAGGAACAUUGCUGGAGAUCUCGAUAUUCAGAAUCUGAAAGUGCUGCAAUCUAAUAAGGGGAAAGGAUGCAUAAUUUCGCAUGCUCCUGGGACUGGGAAAACGGGGUUAAGUGUGGUGUUUCUCCAGUCGUUCAUGAAGCUCUUCCCCAUGUGUCGUCCCGUGGUGAUUGCCCCUCGAAGCAUGCUUCUAACGUGGGAAAACGAGUUCGUGAAAUGGGAUGUCGAUACUCCAUUCCACAACCUGAACAAUCCCAAGCUGUCGGGGAAGGAGAACGUGACAGACGAUGUUCAAGGCAGUAAUUGGAAGAUUUUCAAGCGAAAAUCCAAAGGCAGAGAGCUGAACCGGACCCUGAAGUUGUAUAGUUGGGCUAAUGGCUCGGGGAUUCUCGGGAUCACUUAUCGUCUCUUCGAGAAGCUAGCUGGAGAGGGAGCAGAAGACGAGAAGGUGAGAAGAAUACUUCUAAAGUACCCCGGGAUUUUAGUCCUGGAUGAAGGACACACUCCCAGAAAUGAUGAUAGUCUCAUGUGGAGGGCUCUUUCGAAAGUUGAAACCCCCCUUCGGGUUAUCCUAUCCGGGACGCCUUUCCAGAACAAUUUCCAGGAGCUGUAUAACACGUUAUGCCUCGUGAGCCCCGACUUCUCGGUCUCCACUCCUAGUAGCACUCGAAACUUUAUGCAGAAAGGCAAGAGGAAUAAGUGGAGUUCUAUCACGAGCUCUAUCAUCAACGACGAAAAUGGGAGAAGGAUAGACGAGCUUAAGCAGAUGAUUUCCCCGUUUGUGCACGUUCACAAGGGUCAUAUUCUGCUCGAGAAGCUCCCGGGCCUAAAGGACGCCCUGGUGCACUUAAGGCUCACUGACCUGCAGCAGAAGCUGCUCGAUUUGGUCUCGAAGAAGAAUUUCAUAGAACAAGAUAACUUGAUGACCUUGAUAUCUGUCCAUCCUUCCCUCGCCCCGGACUAUAUCCGGGGGGAAAAGGACCUCGAGCUCGACCCAAGUGCGGGAGUGAAAACGAACUUCGUUUUCGAGCUUGUCAAGCUCUGCAGUGCUCACGGGGAACGAGUCAUCGUUUUCAGCAGGCUCAUCGAGCCACUCUCCCUCAUCAAGCAGCAGCUUCUGCACCAUUUAAAGUGGUCCGAGAACGAGGAGAUUCUAUACAUGGAUGGGAAAAUCGAUGCUAAAUAUCGCCAAGACAGGAUUUCAGCUUUCAACAAUCCAGUUAGUGUGGCUAAGGUCCUCCUUGCCUCCACAGCUUCCUGCUGUGAAGGGAUUAACCUCAUCGGGGCCUCGAGGAUCGUGCUUCUUGAUGUUGUCUGGAACCCCUCGAUCACGAGGCAGGCCAUUAGCCGGGCUUACAGGCUUGGCCAGACGAAAGUCGUGUACGUUUACAACCUGAUUUCGUCCACAUUCGAGGCCAGGAAAUACGAAUGCCAAGCAAGGAAAGACAGGAUGUCUGAGCUGGUGUUCUCUGAUCGCGAGGGGGAGAAUCAUUGCAGCAGGACGGAGAAUCUCUCUGCAGAUGUGAUCCUGGAAGCCAUGGCUGAGAAGGAAAAACUCCGGGGAAUCUUCGAGCUCAUUGUGCACCAGCCGAGGACUCAACAGAUACUGUUCAAUGAUCCCACCGAGGGGCCAAAGCCCGCAGACCAGUCCUAAACGUUCCCCGGAUUAAGGUCUGCAUGAUUCAUCUUCAAGGCUGAAAUUCAUAUGUUCUUGACUUCUGAAAGAUGAUUUGUGAAGUAUAUUGACAAUGU